AUGAAACGAUAUAAUGAAAAAAAUAUCAAUGCAAGAAUCCAGAGAGAGCAACAAAAUGAAUAUGCUCGUGAAAGAAUAAGAGCGGAUAUGAAACUUGACAACUAUAGUAGGAUUCAAGGCAUAUCUAUCGAUAAAAAUGAAGCCACUCAAAAUAAAAAAAAUGCUGAAGAGCUAAUAAAAGAAAACUAUGUAGAAGCAAAUGAAUAUAGUAGCAAACGAGAAGAUGAUUAUGCUAUGUCUGUUAAUUUUGAUAGUGAAAAAAUCAAAGAGGAACGAACCAAAAAAUGUCAAUUAUUAAAUAAAAAGCAGAAAGAAGAAAAAGAAAUUGCUGAUAAAAUUUUGAGAGAAAAAGCAUUGCAACACGCUUUACAAAAUGAUGAGGGAUAUAAAAGAUUAAAAGGAAAAUUAGAUGAAAUUGCAACAUUAAAAGUUAGAGAAAAUCAAAUAAAAGAUGCCCAAAUAUUAAAAAUAAGAGAAAAAGAAGAAGAAGAAAACAGGAUAGGAGAACAAAUGGAAAAAAUUUUAAAAAAAGAAGAAAACGAUGAUGAAAGAAAAAAACAAAUAAAUCAAGAAAAAAUUAUGGAAACAAAAAAAGAGCUACAAUAUCAAAUUAAUGAAAAUAGUAAGAAAAAGAAGGAAAAAUACUAUAAAAAUUUAAAAGAAAGAAGUAAUAUGGAUAAUAUUGUGAAAUCUUAUCAAGAAGAAGAAAGGAAAAAAAAAGAAGAGGGUAUAAUAAAACAGAAAAAAUUGUUAAAAGAAUUUCAAGAACAAAUCGAAUUAAAAAAUAAAAAAAAAGAAUUAGAAAAAAAAAACGAAUUAAAUGAAGAAUUAAAAAACAAUGAAUAUAUUAAAGAAAGAGAAAAUCAAAUGAAAAAUUUCCACAAAAAAAAAGAAGAAAAAAGUAUAGAAAAACAAAAAGUUGUUAACGAAUUAGCACAUAAAGAAUAUUUAGUGCAUAAAGAAAAAGAAAACAUAGAUGAAUUAUUAAAUAAAUUAUAUAUUGAUGAACAUGAUUUUAAAGAAAAACAAAAAGAAAUUCAAGAAAAUGAAAAAAAAUUACAACUCAAAAACGAAAUGUUAAAGCAAUUAGAAAAAGAUGUUAAGUUAAAAGAAGAAAAAAGACAGCAUGAGAGAGAAGAGGAUGAACAAAGAAAAAUCGAAAUUUUGGAAGAGAAAAAAAAAUUAGACAAAAUUGAUCAAUAUACUGAUAAAAAAAGGAAAGAAAAGUUAUUACAAUACAGAAAGGAGAUUUAUGAAGCCUUCCAAGAAAAAAAAGAAGCAGUUAAAAAUGAAAGAAUACAAGAAGAACAGGAAAAACAAAAAAUUAUACAAGAGCAAGCAUAUUAUGAAAAUUUAAUAAAUCACGAAAAAGUCAAGCUUCUAGAUAAGUAUAGCAAGGACAUACUAAAAAAAAUGCCAGAGCAUGAAUACAACAAAAUUAAGAAUACAAAUUAA